AAUCUUGACUUAGAAAAUGAUACAUCUUGUUGCUUUAAAUAAUAAAAUAAAUUUUUUUAGAUGAAUAUCGACAUAUGCAUGACAUAAAUUGUCAAUUAUUAAGUAGAUAUCAUGCAGACCGUUUGAGAGAGGAGGACAUAGAUGAGCAAUUAAUGGAUUUUGAUUACAUUGAAACGAACGCAAAUACUCAAAACGAGAAACAAGCCGAAACCGAGAACCAAACCGUGAACCAAACCGAGAACCAAACCGAGAACCAAACCGUGAACCAAACCGUGAACCAAACCGUGAACCAAACCGAGAACCAAACCGAGAACCAAACCGAGAACCAAACCGAUAAGAUGACAUCAAGUGUAAUGGAUAAUUGUAAGAGAGGUCGAGGAAGGCCGAAAGGGAGUAAAAAUAAAGGAGGGACGAAAAAAGGAAAAGAUGGAGAAAAAUCAGCAAUGCAGGAGAGUGGAAGAGGAAGAGGUAGAGGUAGAGGUAGAGGUAGAGGAAGAGGAAGAGGAAGCAAAGGAAAGGAAGGAGCAGGAAGAGGCAGAGCGAGCAAAGAAGGAAAGAGCAAAGAAGUAGCGAGCAAGCUUGGCUCUUACCUGUAUAAAAACAAAUACUUACCUUUGAGACUAACAAGAAGUAAACCUGGAGAAGAGGAAUUAAAUGUCAACAUCUCGAUCAUCAAUAAACGCUAUAACUACAAAACCAGGGAUCAACAUAGAUACAAAAUGACCCAAAAAUUCGUGACACAUCACAGCAAUAUUCCGCCUCAAUAUCGCUGCAAUAUUCCCUCAAUAUCACAGCAAUAUCCCCUCAAUAUCGCAGGAAUAUUCAAACAAGCGGACAUUAUGAUACUUCAUCAGUAUCACAGGAAUAUCCCCGAUAGAUAUCGCCAUGACACUCAGCUGAUACAGCGUGCUACUUGGGUUAAUUAG